AUGCUAUCACCGGAACAAGUGACACAGCGUCGCAGAGGAUCAUCAGUUGGUAAUAUCAAUGUUGGAGAUACUGCUGCACCCGGAUUCUCGACCAUGCAAACCAGUCCACUUCAACGCAAGCGUCUGGAACAGCGCAUUGAGGAUUUGAGCAAGGAAUCAAAAUCUGACAUUGCAAUUAUAAGAAAGAUGUUGAUCGCAUUCAGGGAAUUAACAUACCGCCACACGUGGAUUUAUCCAUUGCUAGCAUUGGGGUCUCUUUUUGUCGCUUUCAGUCUCACAGCGGAAGAUACAAAAUUUCACAACGCCUUAGCCGCCAUGAUUGUUCCAUCAUAUCUCAUCGAAGGUACUGAACAAUACGGAAAGGGUGUGAACGACUUCUAUUUUGUAGGGUUUUACGCUCUUUUCUUUACUUUCCUCAGAGAGUUUUUAAUGUGUGUUGUGAUGAAACCGGCCGCUCACUUACUCGGAGUGAAUAAGCCAAACAAGGUCAAAAGAUUUAUGGAACAAACAUACUCUAUGUUUUAUUAUGGAUUAUCUGGACCGUUUGGCUUGUGGAUCAUGUCUCGGACUCCAUUGUGGUAUUUCGAGACUACUCCCUUCUAUACUAAUUAUCCGCAUAAGACACACGAUAUUUUUUUCAAGGUCUAUUAUCUCGGUCAAGCAGCAUUUUGGGUUCAACAAUCCGUGGUGCUUGUAUUGCAACUUGAGAAACCGAGAAAAGACUUUCACGAACUUAUCUUGCAUCACAUAGUUACAAUUGCACUAAUUUGGUGCUCUUAUAGAUUCCAUUUCACGUGGAUGGGUUUGGAGAUUUAUAUCACUAUGGACGUAUCGGAUUUUUUCUUAUCCACUUCAAAGACGUUGAAUUAUUUAGACUCGCCGAUUUCAGGCCCAUUCUUCGUGGUUUUCGUUUUUGUUUGGAUUUAUUUGAGACACUAUAUGAACUUGAAGAUUUUGUGGUCAGUUCUCACAGAGUUCCGUAACGUCGGAGAAUGGGAGCUUAACUGGGAGACGCAACAAUACAAGUGCUGGAUCUCUCAGCCAAUUGUUUUUAUAUUGAUCUUUGCGUUACAGAUUCUAAAUGUCUAUUGGCUCUUCUUGAUUUUCCGGAUACUUUAUCGAUACGCUGCGGGUGGCGUAGCCGAAGAUGAAAGAAGUGAUGAUGAAGACGAAGAUGAAGAGUUGCAAGCAUCCCUCGAGGAUAAGAAGACUCAAUAG